AUGGCAAUCCAGGAUACGAACGGCAACUCUGAUAAGCACCGGAAUAAUGGGCCCAAGGUCGCAAUCAUAGGCGCGGGUUUGACUGGCUUGAUCGCCGCCCAAGGACUGGAAAAGAGUGGCUUCAACGUGGUCGUGUUUGAACGUGAUGAAAGCAUAGCAGCUCGGCCGCGCGACUGGUCGAUCCUCAUCGGUUGGGGCAUGAGCACACUCACAGAGCUGUUACCUGAGCAGAUUGUGAAGAACUUCCCUCAAGGUAUUUGCAAUCCGCACCUUGAAUUCAACGAUUGGGACGAGAGCGUCAUCGGGUACAACGGCGCUACCGGCGAGGUCAUGUUCCAAAACUCGACGCCAGGCGCUCGGCGGAUCAGCAGACGACGCCUUCGCAAAGUCCUUGCUGAAGGGCUCGAUGUUCGGUGGGGCAAGUACCUCGAUCAGAUGAUGCCCAGAAGUACCUCGAUGGACCUCGUCUUCCGAGAUGGAGAGAGAUAUGAAGCCGAUUACGUCUUGGGAACAGACGGCGUCUCCUCCAAAGUCCGAGAAUUGCUUAUGGGGGCUGAGAAGGCUAGGCCAGUGCCAUCAGGAUACUCCAUCGCGAACUGUGUCUGCAAGUACGGGGACGCAGAUAAGGUCAACGCCGUGGUGAAGGCACACUCUGUGUGCGCGCUCAUGCUGGGAACGGCAAACCUGGCUGGCUGUGGUGAAGAUCCGAACAAUGUUGCCAGUUGGGAGACCUUCUGGGUCAAAGUAUGGCGCGGUCACUCCGUCAGCCUGAAUGGCCAAGAAGCCAUUGACUAUGCAAAAAAGGAUCUAUCAGGCAUUUGCGAGCCGUUCCGGUCUGCUCUAGAAUGGACGCCGGUAGGAAGCUCCUGCUAUCUUGACGAGAUGAAGUACUGGCUUCCCAGCCCAUGGGAGACACACGAUGGCAGAGUAACCUUGGCAGGAGACGCCGCUCAUCCCAUGUUGCCGUUCCGAGGCCAGGGACUUCAGCACGCGAUCAUUGAUGUUCAGAACUACAUAAAUACACUGUCAAGGUUAAGAGACGUUCGUGAGGUUACCAGUCGCAAAGGCGCCAUGGAAGCGUAUGGUGCAGACGUCGUCGAGCGGGGCUCUGUUGCUGUGGCUCAAGCUUUGAAAGAGGCAGAGAAUUCGCUGAAUCCGGACACCGUAGGGAAUAUGCUCAUGGUUACCCAGGGACACGGGAGAUCUAUUUAA